AUGUCCCCGCCAUAUCCCACAGCGACAGCGCUGCCACCAACACCCCAAGGCACCCCUCGUAACUCAUCCUCGUCAUCUUCGGCACCGGGUCCACGAUUCAGCGUCAACUCGAACCUCAUGAACUAUUCCAUUCCAAAGAACAAUGAACAACAGGAACAAGCCAACAUUCCAGACGAUGCCAGCUUUAUGAAACGAGAAAUACAGCAGGGCAAUUCGAGUACACGUGCACGACAACUCGAGGCACAAAUCGAGACGUUGACGCUGCAGAAUGUGAAACUUCAACGCACCAAUCGACUUUUAAAAGUGGAUACAGACAACCUCGUCAAACAAAAGACACAGCCUUUAGAACAGACCAUUCGUGAGCUGACAUUGAGCAACGUACAACUACAACGAGCAACACGUUUAUUACAACAAGAAGUGGAAGAAAAAUCAGCUACUCUCGAGAAUUUCAAGCGUGAGCAAAUCAUGCAAAUGAAAUCAGUGGGUCCUGAAUACGAAUAUCUCGUUCAAAUGAUCAGUGGUAAUGCGACUUGCGAUGAUACCUGCUGCUUUACGUUACAACCUAUCAAUCAAUCCACCAUGGUCAUGACCUUACCACCAGAAAACGAACAAGAAGAUAUGGAAGCACAACACAUUUGCAGACCUGUGGUUCAUUCAUCCAUAUCGCAAGGAUCCUAUGCAAUCGAACUUGAAAACAAGAUCCUGCGUCUUGAGCAAUUGAUUGAGGAGUUGGAUGCCGAGAAGGAGCAAUUGUUACGUCAACAAGCAUACAAAGAUGCCGAUGUGGAGACUCUCAAAAGGGAGUUGCGUCUCAAGGAUGACAUUGUGUCGCAGCUGGAAGGAGAUUUUCUCAACCUUGAGGAGCAACUGGCAUCUUUACAAAAGGAGCUUGAUGAACAACGUAUCCAUGGAAACGACUAUCGUGAGGUGACCCGGUCAACGAGAAGAGAGAAGCCUAUGCAGGAUCCCAAACGACAAUCACAAUUGCUCAUGGAUACCAAACGGCGGUCAUUGGCUAUCAAAGACACAGAUGCUUUGGAACGCAUGUUACGAGGUGAUCUGCAAGUUGAAUCUGUAAUGCAAAAUCACCCGACAACGGAAGACGGCUCGGAAGAUGAGGAUGAAGAAGAUGCAGCGAGUAUUGAAACCGAUAAAGAUACCAACAUGACAACGCCACCACGCGCAUGCAGCCCUCAACAACAACAUCACCAUGAAGAAGACAAUGAAUAUCACUACAUGAUGGAAAAACAACACGUUGAAGAAAAGCAUCGUUUGGUCCAAUCAUUCUUAACAUGUGGUGUGCUUCCAUGUGCUUAUCCAGCUCAACAAAAUGCAUCCUCAUCAACAUCAUCAGCCAAGCACGAAGAACAAGCCAAUGAUCCUUUUGCACCUUUUACUUUGAUGACUAUCUUUUUGGGACUUGCUUCACAAAUGGGAGUAACGGAUGAUUGGACACUUCCUAUCACCUUGACGGUUUUGGUAUCAGGAUUCUUGUGGUCUGGUGCUGCAAAAGGCGUACAAUUCAAGGUCAAGCUCAAGUAA